AUGACAAAUGCAUCCAAUGUGUUUCUAUUUACACUUACCAGCUUCAGUGCCACAACCAACUACAGAAUCACACUUUUCUCUCUCACUUGUCUUUGCUAUUGUACAAUUCUGGUGGUAAAUGUGUGUUUGAUUUUAACCAUCGUCUUGGAUCAAAACCUGCAUGAACCCAUGUACAUUUUUGUGUGUAACCUCUGUAUUAAUGGACUUUAUGGCACUGCAGCAUUUUAUCCAAAGUUUGCUGCUGAUCUGCUGUCUGAUAUUCAUGUGAUCUCAUAUGUUGGAUGUUUUUUGCAAAUCUUUGUAAUAUAUACCUAUGCAACGACUGAUUUCUCAGUCUUAGCUCUCAUGGCGUAUGAUCGAUACGUGGCUAUCUGCCGACCACUGGAGUAUCAUUUGAUAAUGUCUUUACGGAGAAGUGCUGUUCUUAUUGGUGUAGCCUGGAUUGUUCCUAUAGUCUGUGAGAUCUUGGUUGUCAGUUUAACAUCCAACCUGAAGUUAUGUGGCUCUCACAUACAGAAACUUUAUUGUGAGAACUGGUCAGUAGUGAAACUUGCUUGUGGCUCGACAACAGCAAACAGCAUAGUGGGGAUGAUUAUUAUUCUCUUCUAUUGUGGCCAUGUUCUGUUCAUUUUGUGCUCAUAUGUGCCGUUGGUUAAAUCAGCUAUAAAGUCCAAAGAGAGCAGGAAGAAAUUUACACAAACAUGUGUGCCACAUUUGUUGUGCUUGCUUAAUGUCACAGCUGCUUUACUCUUUGACGUCAUGUACUCCAGGUAUGGAUCUGCUUCUGUGGCCCCGAGUGUCAAAAACUUCAUGGCCAUACAGUUUCUCAUGAUGCCCCCUAUUUUCAACCCCAUUAUUUAUGGGAUGAUCCUGACUAAGAUUCGACAAAGAAUGGUACGUUUGUGUAUGAUGGCAUGUCAGAAUUACCUCUCCUGGACUGCCCACACAACUGCAGUAGUUAAAAAGGCCCAACAAAGACUUCACUUACUAAGGGUGCUGAGAAGGAACCCUGUGAAGGAGAGGCUGCUGGUGGCCUUCUACCGCAGCACCAUUGAGAGCGUCCUCACCUAUGGCAUCACGGCCUGGUAUGCUAACUGUUCAGAGGGUCAUAAAAACUGCCCAAAAGAUCACUGGCUGUCCCUUGCCCUCCCUGGACGACAUCGCCGGCAAGCAGUGUCUGAGGCGAGUGAGGCAGAUUGCUGCUGA